AUGUCAACUGUAGAGGCGUACAAUAAAGUUUGCGCUCCCAUUUUAUUUUUAUCAAAAGUAAUUGGCGUGGAGAUAUGGAACCCAGAGAAGACCUUUUCGCUAGCGUCCUAUGUUCUUAUGACUAACAUGGUGCUGUAUAAUACAUGCUCUGCUUACACGGUGAUUAAACAUGCUGGUGAUCCAUUGCAAAUGAUGAAGAUUAUCAUUAUUUUCGGGAUUGCAUCUCAGUUGAUUUUUAAAUUUUUUACCAGUGUUGCGAAAAAGAAAUCAUUCCAUGCUUUAUUCGAACAGGCGAAGACGAGCAUAUAUUGUGAUUUUCAGAAUGGAACUGUUGAAGAAAAAGCUUUAAUCGAAAAGACAACUAAUUUUUUGAGCCUUGGUUGGAAAAUAAUGUCAGCAUUGUAUUUUUCAUCGUUGUUUAUUUUUGGUGUGUGGCCAGUGUAUGUCUAUUACAGCGAAAAUGAGUUGGUUCCACUGUUUUACUACGAAAUUCCCUAUGUUGAUAUAAAUCAAUCAACAGGAUAUGCACUUACGUUGCUACUGCAUAUUGAUAUAUAUCUUAUGGGUGUCUUUGGAACGAUUCUGGCAGAUUACGCGUUUGUAUUCGUAGCUUUUCAAGCUAUGCUCUUCGUUGAUUUACUAAUAUUGAAUCUAAAACAAUUGGAUAGUAUGCUGAUUUCUACUAAUCGUGAAGACGACCUCGUUACAAAAGCGGAACGGUGGAGAGUUUGUUUGAAAUAUCAUCAACUUGCUACAGAGUAUCUCAACAAUGUCGAAGAUUGUUUCGGUUUGAUAUGUUUAAUCCAAGUUUUUGGCUGUGUGUUCACCAUAUGUGAUUCGAUGGUAAUUCUAGUUUUGACUGAUUGGUAUGCGGCAUACGGAUUUCUGUUGGUUAUAUUCGUGGAGCUUUCGAUUUACUUUCAUUUAGGCAACAUGGUUGAAUUGAAGGUUGAUGAACUCUAUAGUUCUAUUACUUCUUUAUCAUGGAAUUUGCUGACAUUGUCGCAGCAAAAUGAAUUCGCCUUUGUGAUGGCCCGUCAACAAAGAUCACUAAUGUUAACUAUUUUUGGGUUCGCUCCCAUGAAUUAUGAAACUUACACGAGUGUAUUACGGGCGUUGUAUCAAUUCUUCGUAAUAAUAUUGCAGUCUUUGUCGUGA